CUCAGCAUUCCACCCCGCCUCGCCGCCGCCUCCCUUCUCUGGCUCUUUUGCCUGCCCCCUUCUCCCUGUCGUUCCUUACCUUCUAUUCCUCCAACCUUCAGUCAUCAUGGGUGCAAACCUCUCGAAAGCCCUCGGCAAGAUUUUCGGCAAUAAGGAGAUGAGGUUGUUGAUGCUUGGACUUGACGCUGCCGGAAAGACAACUAUUUUGUACAAACUCAAACUCAACCAGUCCGUUACCACCAUCCCAACCGUCGGCUUCAACGUUGAAACCGUGACAUACAAGAACGUGAAGUUCAAUGUGUGGGAUGUUGGCGGCCAGGAUAAGAUUCGGCCGCUUUGGAGGCAUUAUUACACCGGCACGCAGGGUCUAGUUUUCGUUGUGGAUAGUCAGGAUCGUGAGAGGGUAGACGAGGCGAAGCAGGAGCUGCAUCGGAUAUUAAGCGAUAGGGAGAUGAAAGAGUGUUUGUUGCUUGUGUUCGCGAACAAGCAGGAUUUACCCGGAGCCAUGUCACCAGCAGAAGUCACCGAGAAGCUGGGGCUGCACCGGAUGCGUGACCGUGCGUGGUAUGUGCACCCAAGUUGUGCCACCACAGGAGAGGGCUUGUUCGAGGGUCUCCAAUGGUUAUCUCAGAACGUGAAAAAGCGCCAGCAAUGAGUUCGUUUCAUAUGCUUUCUCUUUCAUUUUCGUCUUUUCCACUUGUCCUCUUUCUUUUCCUUGUUAUGGGUCCCUCGCUAUUCCCUUAUAUCAUCUUCUCGCCAUAUACCCUACCAUUAUCUGCUCCAGCCUCUUGACUAUGGUCCCAGAUGACACCCUCCCACGCGCUCCCCCACCGGAUAAUGGUCCCCUGAAUCUAUAGUCUUCUUUUCCCCCGCCAUGAUCUGGUUGCCCAGACUUGCCCUUGUCCGAUACAGCCCAUCAACCUCAAC